UGUGGAGGAUUUGAUAUGAGAUAAUUAAUGAGGUGGUUUUGUUUGUUUUUGUUUUUCUCUUCUGGACACAGAAGAUUACCCUCACCCCCCGCCCCCCCCUCAUAGAAAAGAGUGUGGGUGAAGUCAUUGCAUUUAAACACUUUAGAACACUUUUAUCUCUUCUAAAACCUCUUCUUAUUUUAUUUGCAGUGACAUUCUUUGUGCAGAAGUAGGGAUAUUAGCAGGAUUUCUAAAUGAGUUAUAACAAGGUCCUUAAUUAUCAAAUGGCAACCAUAAAAUGAGUGCAGUCUUCAGUAAUUCAUUAUUCAAGGACAGUUCAGGAACACAAGACAAAGCACAUCCUGUGGGAAGCUGCAGGACUCCAGGUGCAGUGCUGACUUCUCCCCAGCCCCGGAGGGCCACAGAGCAGGAGCAGCAGGAAGCAGCCAGAGGUUUCCUGUGUGCUGUGUCUGGUUUUAAGCAGCUGAGCCAAAGGGAGCAAAGAGUGCUCAGAGACAUAUUCUUGUUUGCUUUCUUUAGGGACAACAAAGAGUGGGAUGCAGAAGCAUUUUCCAGCUCCAAUGAAAGCUUGUCUGUGUGUACAUAAGAGCAGCUCUCUUGUUCCUUAAGUGGACUUCCUUUGAAGAAAGCAGGAGAAACAUCAAGUUAGAUCCAAUUCCUAAGUAUAUGUUUGCUAAGGCGAGGGUUUCUCAACAUAGCUGUAAUGUGCUAUCACUAUGGCUAAAGUUAAUGCACCAAGAUGGUGGCUUACUUGAAAAAUUCCAUUGUGCUUAUAAGCAGGAUUUUUUUUCCCGUACCUCCACUUUCUGUGCAACCAAGACCUGUAAGUUUUGCCUCGAUCACAUCCCCUCCUCAGGGACUUGGAGGAUGUCCUUGCUUCAGGCCCCUUGCACCAAUACGGUGCAAUGCAAACUGCUCUGGACUCUUGCUUCCAUAUCCUGCUGGUUUCCAGAAAAGGUAUGGCAGAAUGGAAGACGGGACCUUUCCUAAUGCAAAUCAAAGAAUGAAAAUCUGGAUUUAUUAGGCACCACAGGAGUUUUACCAUCAGUUCUGGAUUCAGCAUUCCUGUUCAGCCUUUCUUUCUCAUCUGGCAGGAUACUACUGUAGUGCUCCUACUGAUGGGGUAUAAUGCUGUAUGCUGAUCGUCCUCAAAGGGAUUUCUGGAAGAGUCAAAAUACAACCUAGAAUUCCUGAUGUUUUGCCCUUGACUUGGCGCAAGCCAAUCAGGAGAAUGUAGUAUGUCUUUCACAAGAAAGGAGCCUGUCUGUUCCCCUAACAUGGGGAGUUAAUAUGUUUGUUUGUCCUGAUCUGAGUAGUGGAACUGUUAGAAUCUAUCUUAAACGUUUUGCCUGUUGCAAAGAGAAGCUACUUCAGGUGAGUGCGUAAAGAAAAUGUAAAAUAUCAGAGACCAGUAACUAGUUAGUGUUAAAUAAAGUUGUGAUUUAUCAUCCUCCCUAUAAGCGAAUGAAGGUUGUGCUUUGGCUGCCUGUUUGUGUAGCAAAAUGCUGUUCAGCAGAGACGUAUGAAUAGCAGGGAGGCAGUGGUAUGGAGAACAAGUUUCCUGCAUUUUGCCCUCAUUUGUGUUUCUCCUUGACUGGAUUAGGGAGAAAAGGAUAAACGAAUUCUGUUACUAUGGUGACUGUGUUCUCAGAAUCGAGACAACUUGUUGAAACGUGUUUUCAUGAUGCCGUAAUCUAUCUUUAGGAUUAAAAAGCACAUUUUGGAGUGCUUUUCUUGUUGCGCUCUGUUUAAACAGUUUUCUCUGGUUGAGUCUGUCCCCUAUCCCUCCCUCUUCAAUUUCAUCAUUCUUCAGAUAAGUCUCUAUCAUGGAACAAAACUGACAUACUCCCAAAAUGGUGAAAAAGAAAAUUACAUACUUUCUCUGUUUCACUAGUUCAAGCUUCAUUAUGAAUAUACCUGCCACCUGUAAUAAUAUUUGAGGUUCUUUAAUAUUUGAUGAUCUUUACAGAAACUCAUCUGUAAGAAGAGGACUGAAAGCUUGUGGCCUGAUCUGCUACUGCUGCCCUGCUGAGCUCGUUGCAAUGCAUGGCACGCGCUGCAGCAAGCAGCGGUGUUGGUGCUCGGAGGGCUCUGAUACGUUGGACUGCUCUCGGGUCCUUGUCCCUGGGGUGCACUAUUGCUGGAAUUUCAACAGUCGUUAGAAAUAUUUAUUUUUUCCCUGGGCAUUGUAGGUAAGAAGAGAAGUUUGGGAAUUACAGGUUGGUCACAGCACUGCAAUUAAUCCUCACGUUCUAUUUGAAUGUAGAAAACAAAAAGGUCGGAUGGGAUUAGAACGUUAGGUAAUGCCACUCUCCAGUUAUAAUUCCUUGCUAACAGUGAAUAGUCACGUAAAUAACAGUGAUCUCAGCGUCAGUUUUAAAUUCUAAUGAGUUUAUUUAAAGCAGCCAUUCAGUUCUGUGCAGGUCAACCACACCACCUAUCGUGCAGGCUGGACACGCUGCCAGAAGGAAAAGCAACUCUCCUGCUCUAAGCCGUCUGCCUGCAGCUCUCGCGACCGCGGUGUCUGCAGGCCGUCGCCAUGGCAACGGCAGCCGCGGCACCGGUAACGCCGGCGGCCCCGCGCCCUGCGGGGAGCACGCGCACCAACGGCCGCCCAGCGCGCGGUGCUGCAGGCGGCGCCUGGCGCUGCUCUGGUGAGCAGGGCUGUGCGGUUCCAUUUGAGAUGUGUGCAAUUUGACGGGGACUGUUUUAGUCAGUUUUAGGUCCCAAUGGAUAUGACAAGGGGGAGCUCGGAUAAAAUUUCACAGCCUGCAUGUAGCUCAAGAGCUUAUCCCAGCUGCAGGCAUUUAAGUGUCUCUGUGGAGUUACUGGCACCAGAACCUUUUUUGCCAAAGGUUGAUUCACCUGUCAAUUUGGGUGUUAGUCAUCAAAGAAACUUGGAAGACUGCUGUCCAGAAGAAAACAAAGGAUAUGUCUCUAAUUCAGAUUCUGGAGAUGAUAGCGCUGAAAAACAGACUUCAGUAUUUUGUGAACCUUCCCAAGGAAAAAUAAGUAAUGCAAAAGAAGCAAACUCUUCCAAGUUUCUGGAUUCUGAAGAGGCAGAAGGAGAUCCUGAGAUUCAAGCAGCUAUAAGGAAAAUGAAUAAGCUUGACACAAUACUGGCAAAAAGACAUGUUAAAGAGAGAGCAGUUAAAAAACAAGGCAAGGAAAUGAGAGCAAAGCUCUGGGAAGAAGUUAAGUCUGUCUGUACCAUGGGAAUCCAUGAGGAGAUAGAAAACACAAAACUCUUCUUAACUUUGAUCUCAUUGUGGCAGGAUACAACUGAUCCCUCUCAUGUUAAACAGGAUGAAACACAAGUGUUGCUAUUUCACUCACAAAUUAGUCCAGAAGAUUAUGCCUUCCAUAAAACCCAGCAUAAUAAGGCUUCAGAUUAUCCAAGUGAGAUUGAAACAAACAAAUUCCUGAAUCAAGCAGAAAAAACAACACAGAAUAAAAGUAAAAACAGUCAGCAUUUCAUUAAAAAGAAUGUAGAGCUAGCAAAGGAUUCAGGAAAACAGGUACCUAUGCUUGAAGGAGAAAGGAAAAGGUUAAUUGAACUGUUGAAAGAUACAGAAGAUGAAAGUCCAUUGCAAGAUCUUGAGGAGGAUGUAUGUGGCUGGCUAGCACCAGGAGAAGGGUACACACCUGAACCGAUGGAAUUUCAUCACCUAAAUGAGAUAGACAGGAAGCUUCAAAUACUACUGUCUAAUGGUGAUUAUUCUGCAAUUUCCAGCUCUUGCUCAAAUCCUCCAAGCCAGAUUUACCAGGAGUCUCUGGUUUAUGCAAACAGAAACCUAGAAGUAGUUCCAGGUGAAAAGGUUCUACGAGACAAUAAAGAAUAUCGUGAUCAACAAAACCGUCUGAAAGAAAUAGAUCAUCAGCUGAAAUCUUUAGAGAGAAAUUUUCCCAGGUCUCGGGGUACCGGUUGGGAUUGCGACUCAACCGCUGCGUCUGCAGCUGCAUCGCGACCUCAGUACCAAACAAGACCUGAUUCAGGUCUAUUCCGCUACAUCUUGUUCCCGGCCGGCAAUGCCCGCACAGCCGUUCAGCGGCAGCACUCCGGUUUAUUUUUCUGUGGGAACCCCGUGUCGAACGCAGCGCACGGCGCCCAACGCGUCACGAGGCCGGGCGGGACUCCGGGAUGCGCCAGGCCCGGCCCCCGCCUCGUCGGGGCUGCGCGUGCGGCGCCAGGCGAGCGGGCCGGCGGCGGGAUCCGCAGCCAGGCGGUGUGGUGUGUGCUUGUGUUGCAGUUCCUCACGGAGCUGACGAGACUCUUCCAGAAGUGCAGGACUUCGGGGAGCGUUUUCAUAACGCUGAAGAAAUAUGAUGGUCGAACAAAACCAGUUCCACGCAAAGGCCACGUAGAAAGUUUUGAGCCAGCAGACAAUAAGUGUCUUCUAAGAGCUACUGAUGGAAAGAAGAAAAUCAGCACAGUGGUGAGCUCAAAGGAAGUAAAUAAAUUCCAGAUGGCGUAUUCUAAUUUGCUGAGAGCUAACAUGGAUGGCUUGAAGAAAAAGGACAAGAAAAGCAAAAACAAGAAGAGUAAAGCAACGCAGUGAUGGCCAGUGUCCUACCAUCACUGUAAUAGACUUGAUCCUUGCUCAAAGCAAAGUCCAUUUCUUUUUGAGUUACCACUUGUCUUUGGCUUUUCUUUUCCAGCAGGAUACUGGGAUGUGAUCAGUACUUUUGUUUAAAUUGAAAGGCAGAAGGUGCUUUCUGUGGAUUGUUGUAUGGCAGGAGUAUUUACAAGAUUUUACCAAAAUAGCUUUACACUCGUCUGCCAACUAGUUUUGUACUUAUACUGCUGUAUGUUUUGUAUUAUACAAGUGGGCAGUGCAAAACCCAUCUGGGGAAUAACAGGGGUGAAGAGUAAUGCACAGCACCAUGAGCAAAGUGAGACUGGAACAGGAGUCUUGGUGACAGAUGCCCAGUUUUAUAGAUAAGCCGCAGUAAUACCAGGGAAAGCGGGUGCCAACCUAUUACCAGGAACAGCAGCUUUCCUGUUUGUCUUAUUUUGAGGGACUUGUUUACAUGAUGCAGUACAGAUGUCUGUAAGGCAGCCAGAACGUGUUUGAGCUCGCACAGAGCUUAGCAGCUGUGCCUUUUCUCCAUGCUGACCCAGCUGUGCUGAGCCUGGCUUGGGGCGGGGAGGGCAGGAUGCUGCAUCAUGGUUCCUUCAGACAUCGCUUAAGAAUGCUUGUGUCACCUGAGUGUUUGUUUUUUAAGGCUUCAUCCUUCAACAUAUUCAGGGAUCUGGAUUUCCCCAUUUUCACAUCGUAAAGUAACUCCUUCAUAUGAGCAGAUGUAAAAGAUGAAUACUUACUUGUUCCUAUUAAACACAAUGAGAAAUGGAUUUAGUUGUAACGGCUGAUGUGACUUGUCUGGUGAAUGGCUAGGAAUGGUCCCGUUAUCUGUGACUUUAGGACAAGUACCGCUAGAGUUACUUUCUGUACGUUGCUAUUGCAACCUCAUAAUUCUCAGAGGUUUUUGGGCUGGUUUGUCAUUGACGUUACCUCUUCACAUGUCCCGAUUUCACCCUCCUUGUCACUAGAAGAAAAAGGCAGAAGUAGAUAGGUAUUCCUUAAUGCACUGAUCCUGCAGCGCUGAGGACAAGCGUUUGUUUUAAGAGAAAGAAGCAGGAACAAGUUACUUAAACACCAGUGUAUGUCCAGGCAUAGAUUGCUUUUUUUGCAUAUUCUGGUAUAUUGGAUUGAUGUGACACAUAAUGCAUUAUAUUCAGCAACUAAGGCUGUUAUUCAUCUUUACAUUUAUUUAGCUUAUUUUUUUGAUGUGUUGGUAUUGCAGUUUAGUUUUAAAUACAUACACUAGUAAUUCUAAAAAGCAUUGACUGAGAAGCUGUAGCUUCAAAAUGGAAAUUAAAAUUCCUUUAAUCAU